UCUGCGACCUCCCCCUUUCCCACCGACACGCAUUCGCCGGUCAGCUCGGCUCAUUGUUUCUGCCCGUCCACCCCCCGCGCCACCGUCCGACCCCGCUGGGUUCACGUCCGCAGCUGGUGGCUGGUGGUUUAUGAUCGGCCGUUUGAUCGGUGGUGUGUCUCAGAGGCUGCCGAGCUUGUUGUACCGGGUGUCGCUGAUGAUGAGGCCGCAGGUUGUGUUCGUGCUGGGCGGGCCUGGCGCCGGCAAAGGGACCCAGUGCGCCAAGAUCGUGGAGAACUACAGCUACACACAUCUGUCAGCUGGAGACUUGCUGAGAGCAGAGCGAGCGAGAGAAGGGUCAGAGUUUGGACAGCUCAUCGCCAACUUCAUCAAGGAGGGCAAAAUUGUCCCUGUGGAGAUCACCAUCAACUUACUCAGGAAGGCGAUGGAAGAGACGAUGCAGAAGGACGCGAAAAAGUUCCGUUUCCUCAUCGACGGAUUCCCCCGCAACGAGGACAACCUUCAGGGGUGGAACACCGUCAUGGACGGCAAAGCUGACGUCAAAUUUGUGCUUUUCUUCGACUGCAGCAAUGAGGUCUGCAUCGACAGAUGUCUAGAAAGGGGCAAGAGCAGUGGACGCUCCGAUGACAACAGAGAAAGCCUGGAGAAAAGAAUCCAAACUUACCUACAGUCUACACGACCAAUCAUUGAACUGUAUGAGAAACACGGCAAGGUGUGCACCGUAGACGCCUCUCGUUCCGUGGAUGAGGUGUUUGCUGAUGUGAAAGCCAUCCUAGACAAAGAUGAUUGAGUCAUCGCCCGCUGCCAACAACAUUCAUUUACCUUUUAUGUUUUUUUUCCUUUUAUCCACUGCAAGUACACUAUUAUAUUAUGUCCAUUCAUAAGACCUGUUACUUUGGUUACUUAUUUUUUGUUUUACAUGUCUUUUAUAUUUGCUGCACUCUUUGUGAGUGUGUGUACAAUAUGUAUUGGUGUGAGUGAGAAGUGGACACGCCUAGCAGCUACUUGUGAUCAACUAGUUCACAUGCAGAAGUAUCACUAUCUUUCAUCAUAGUCCGAGGCGUUUGAAUAGGAACAAAAUGUAUUGUUAUCUUAGAGAAACACUUUUUUUGUCAAAAACACAGUACUGAUGUGCUUCAUCAUGGCCAUGAAUCCUAGGAGUAGUCAUAAUUCAGAGAAAGCAUAGAUAAUAAAGGAACACAAUGUCCAAUC